AGAGAGAGAAAGAGAGAGAGAGAGAGAGAGUAAUACAUGCAGGUUGGAGACCCCGUGUCACAUUGUCACAUUAAUCACCCUCCAUAAACUGUAUUACACAUGCACAUGGAUUAUGGUUUUGGAAUUGUGAAGCUUUCAGCGCAUCUCCCCCCCCCCCCCCUUACCAAACAACCACACCACUCCCCACUAUGUCCCGAAAUAUCACAACCUGGAAAAUUGUAUAAUCUUCGAAUGUUCUAAUGUGAUCAAAGUCCACCCGUGUACUAGACAAAGACAGAGAAAAGUGGGCAGGUCCCAGCCAUCGAUGCGAGUAUUUAAAUUCUUCCUGCUGUGAGACACGACCACUCCGCGAGACAUCAGCUCGCCAGUCGGAAGUCAACAGUGCCUGGUUCUUGUUCUUCUUUUGUGUGCACGGCAGCAACAGACACAGAAUGAUCGGUACCGCAGUCUGGGGGUUGUUCGACUUCAUGUUGAGCAACCCUCUGGUUUUGGUAACCACCUUCUUGCUGUUCGUGUUUGUUUUCUUCUAUUAUCGUGGACAAAAAAGCGGGAACAAUCCUUUUGCCAUCGACUACAGACGACCACCAGAGCCAAUUGUCCUUGACCUCAAAGCCCGCGAUUUGCUCCUCAAGCAGAAAUUCAAGACCAGCAAAGUUCCGGAGAAUCUGGAUGCUAUCGUGAUCGGCAGCGGGAUCGGCGGGCUGUCCGCGGGCGCGUUGUUGUCCCGCGCGGGGAAGAGGGUGCUAGUGCUGGAGCAGCAUGACCAGGCCGGGGGAUGUUGUCACUCCUUUGUGGAGAAAGGUUUUGAGUUUGACACAGGCAUUCACUACGUCGGUGAACUUCACGAAGGCUCCGACAACAAAACACUGAUGGAUCAGUUGACCGGUGGUCAACUACGCUGGUCAAAGCUGGAUGAUGAAUACGAUGUUGUGACUAUCGGCCCACCCGGCAAAGCCAAGGCAUUCCCUAUGAAGACAGGUAAAGAUCGCUUCUACCAGAAUCUCAAGGAAAUGUUCCCCAAGGACACCGAGGCCAUCGACAAAUAUCGGAAUCUUGUCACUGAAGCCACCGACUCUUUCAUGGGUGUUGUGUUGCUCAAGUUUCUGCCGAGGCUGGUGGUUCGCUUCCUGAUCACAAGCGGACUGUACAAGCUGGUGUUCACCUGCUGGCGUAAAGGCUACACCACCAUGACUCUGCAGCAGGUGGUGGACUCGGUGACCAACAACGCUGAACUCAAACUUAUCCUCUGUUACUUCUGUGGAGAUUACGGCCUGUUCCCGUGCGAUGCCCCCUUCAUCUUGCACGCCCUCCUAGCUACGCACUUCAUGACAGGCAGCUACUACCCCAGAGGUGGCACCUCCGAGAUCGGCUACCACAUGAGUGACGUCAUCCAGAAGCACGGAGGUCGAGUUCUCGUGCAGGCGCCUGUCACUAACAUCAUCUGUAACGAAGAUGGGCGAGCAAUAGGUGUGAGGGUCGGAGGCAAGACCAAGGUUGACGUCUACGCCAAGUACAUUAUCUCGGACGCUGGCAUCGACAACACCUUCAAGACGUUGCUGCCACGAGAAAUUGCCCAGAAAUCAAGUAAGUCGGUACAUCAGACUCAGACUGUGGGGAUAAACAAGGAACUCGACAUUAACAAAGGUAUGACAGAAUUUAUGACGCUUAAGCCGGAUGAGCUGGAGGACGCACAUAUCCCGUUUGGAUUCUUGUCCGUGCCAUCUGCCAAAGACCCCGAGUACGAAAAGAAAUUCCCAGGUAAAGCUUCAGUCCUUCUCAUCACCCUGGCUAACUGGGAGUGGUUUGAGGAGUGGAAGGACGAGAAAGUACGUCACCGCGGAGAGCGUUAUGAGGGUAUCAAGGAUGUGGUGGGUCGGCGCAUGUGGCAGAUGUGUGUUGACACCUUCCCCCAGCUUGAAGGAAAGUGCGUCUACAUGGAAGUGGGCACCCCGGUGACCAACAGCUACUACCUGGGCUUCCCCAAGGGCGAGAUAUACGGAAUAUGUCAGGGUAACGCCCGCUACACCGCCGAUGCAGCCAGCACACUGAGACCCGAGACAGACAUCCCGGGACUCUAUAUCACAGGCCAAGACGGCUUGACCGCCGGCUUCAUGGGCGGUUUGAUGAAUGGCCUGAUCUGCUCCUCCCAGAUUCUCAACAGGAACCUGUACAAGGACCUGCAGAACUUGAAGAAGAGGCUCUACCCCCAGCUGGAGCUCAUGAAGAAGAACUUGUGAGGCGUGAGUCCUGGAUUAGAUGGACGUGUCCGUCUAGGAGAGAAAGUGGGCCUUAUGUAGUUUGCGGGCGCUUCAAAACUUUUUUUUAACGAGUUAGCGAAGAAAGUGUACGUUAUACAAUUAAGAGCGCUGUACAACGUUUAAACAAUACUAGAGAAAAAAUAUGUGUUAUUGUGUGAGUUUGCUCUAGGAUAGAGGACGUUUCGUUUGGACAUCUACUAUGUACUUUCAUGUCAUAGACACGCGAUUUUUUUCAGACUUUCAAGCAAAAGCUCGUACAUACAGUUGUAAUGUAUUUGUAUUGAACUUUAAUUUUUUUUAUAUAGAAAUAACUUGUCACGUAAUUUUUUUCUUUUCCCAAAAGUUCUUUUUUUUCGUCUGAAAUGAAAUUUUGGAUGUUGAAUCCUGUUUUAGAGAGACGGUGUGCGUCACAAUAAACGAAAUCCCAUAUC